CAAUGUUACACGAGUACAUCCUUGGUUGCCUAUUCGUUUUAUUUAAUUAACGUCACGUUCCCUUAUGAAUUUUUAAUAAAUCUACAAAAUGUGGUUAGAAGAAGUUGAAGAAAUAUUUAAAGGGUAUUUACCCUAUUACGUUUUAGUUUUCCUACCGAUUUUUAUUAUAAUAUCACCGGCAAACCCAGUUUCGGCAAGUCAUGAGUUUCCCGUUUACCGAAUGCAACAUUUUGAUCUUCAUGGAGUUCCCCACGGUUGCCGUAGCUCAAAUAUUAACUUGGAAGCCAGAUCUGUGUCAGGAUGGAGUACCUCAAGACACUGUGUUGUGGCCAAACUUCAAGAUCUUACAGUAGAUAAUUUUAAAUCUAUUUGUACUAAAGCUGGUGCUUUAAUCAUAGUUUUACCACAUAAUGUUGAUAAAUUAAAAGAUGAAGAUUACCAGCAUUUAUUACUUUUGGAAAAUGCAAUGUUAGAGGAAGAAAUCAGUAUACCAGUAUAUUUUUCAAAUUGGACACCUGAAUUAGACACAGUUACAACUGAACUCUUAAGCAAUAUUGACUCAAAUGAUUUGACCAAAUCUGCUGCAGAAAACAUUAUUAGCUCAGUAGCUGCUAAUGGAUAUCAAGUUGUGGUAUCCACAAAUAAUCCCAGUAUUAAAAAUGAUGUAAAAUUGGCCACAAUACAUGGACAUUUACAGGGUUAUGGAAGCAAUGGAAAAAUACCAACAAUUGCUAUUGUGGCCCAUUAUGACAGUUUUGGGGUGGCUCCAGAUUUGUCUUAUGGAGCCGAUUCUAAUGGUUCAGGUGUCAUAAUCUUGUUAGAACUUGUAAGGUUAUUUUCACAUUUAUAUUCUGAUCAGAAGACUAGAGGAAAAUACAAUAUUUUGUUUAUAUUGUCUGGUGGAGGUAAAUUAAAUUAUGCUGGUAGUAAAAAAUGGCUUGAAGAUCAGAUAGAAUCCAAUGAAGGUUCUAUAAUACAAGAGGCCUCGUUCGUAAUGUGCCUUGAUACUUUAGCAGCAGGUGACACUUUAUAUAUGCAUGUAUCAAAACCUCCAAAAGAAGGUUCUCAUUCCUCCCAAUUUUUGAAAGACUUGAAGGCUUCAGCCGAACUUAGACAACCCGUAACUGUAGAAGGUGUUCACAAAAAAAUAAACUUGGCUGAUUCCUUACUUGCAUGGGAACACGAGAGAUAUAGUAUUAAAAGACUGCCUGCAUUUACUAUGUCCACUUUAAAGAAUCACAGAGAUUUUCAAAGAGGUACAAUUUUGGAUACUAAGAGUCGGUUAAGCGUGGAAAGACUGACAAGAAAUACUAAGGUUAUAGCCGAAGCUUUGGCAAGUCAUAUUUAUAACAUUUCCAAUGGAGAUCUUUUUGGACAAUCUUUGGAUGUUAGUAAGGAUUAUGUUGAAACUUGGCUAAAUUAUUUGUCCACUCAACCGCGUUCACCUCAGCUAUUAAGCAACAAAGAAAAUCCUCUAGUCAAUUAUCUUAAGGAUAAUUUAGGAAAAAACCUACGUGACGUUAAAAUUACCUACACAAUACCUGAUAAACGUGAUCCUUCUUUCCAAUUUUAUGAAGUUACCAAAGGAACAAUGAAUAUUUAUAGUGUUAAGCCAGCAGUUUUUGAUCUCAUCCUAACAUUGGCUAUUGUUAUGUAUCUCGCUGUGGCAUACUUUGCAAUAUCAUAUUUUCCAAACAUGUACAAUGCUGCUUGUACACUAACCGCGAAAAAAAUGCAAUAAACCAAACUCGUUAUUCGUUGCCAAAAUCGUAUCGUCAUUUUUAUUUGUAUCGUUUAUCAGGACUGUUUUUUAGUAUUUAUUUACAUUUACAUACUUGGUUGA